UUGAUUGCAAGUGCUAUCCAUGAUGAGGAUAAAAAAGAGUCUGAAGCGGACAUCAAUGAGGAUGAGCAUAAAUGUGAUGAUGACGAUGAGGAAGACGAUGAAGAAGACGAUGACGACGAUGAUGAAGAGGAUGAUGACGAUGAUGAUGAUGACGACGAUGAUGAUGACGAUGAUGAUGAUGACGAUGAUUCUCUUGUGAGUAUAAGUAGUUCCGCAUUUGGAAGCGAUUUACAACGGGAACCAGGGGUUGACAGUGGCACCACAGCUUGUCUUGGUCUCAUACUUCCUCCUAUACAUCUCAAAAACAACGUCUCCGAUUCUCCCGGGCCUGUAAGCCUUGUGAUAGCCAACGCUGGCGAUAGCCGAGCUGUGCUCUGCAGAGCCGGUGUCGCUAUCGAUCUUUCCGUUGAUCAUAAGCCGGACGACGAAGGCGAACGUAAUCGAAUUACCGCGGCUGGUGGUGUGGUCACGAGUGACGGUCGAGUAAAUGGUGGAUUGAAUUUAAGUAGAGCUAUUGGGGACCAUUUUUACAAGCAACGGGAAGAUCUUCACCUCGCCGAUCAGAUAAUCACUCCAGUUCCUGAUGUCACAGUCACACAACUGAUACCCUCAAAAGAUGAAUUUCUUGUGAUCGCUUGCGAUGGAAUAUGGAAUUCAAUGACUAGUCAGGAAGUCGUCGACUUUGUAUUAUCACAUCUACAUCCUACAGGAGACCGUGAAAGCGACAAUGAUCAGGAACAGAUCGAUAAGGACGAUCGGGCCGUGGGUGAUUCCGGAUGUCCUACCGAUGAUUUAACCUCGCUGAACGGCAAAAUUAACCCUGUUGACUCUGAAGCCAAUUCAAAGAGAAACCUGAAAAAACCUGCCACUCCUGAACUCUUAAGCACAAUAUGUGAGAAGGUAAUUUUAGGCCUUUGGAUUCUUGACAUUUUUAUGUUCCUUUUUCUGUUUACAUUUUUAAUUGAUUCUUGCAAAGGCCUCAAGUUAAUACUAAGUCAAGAAGAUGCUAAUUAG